AAAACAAGAGCUGUAAAAUAGCUUUUAUUUUGAAAAGAAACUUACGCUGUGUUGUGUAAAGUGUCGUUAUUUCCGGUAUCCUGAGCGCAGUUAGCUACCAGAGGUGAACAUGGGAGACGUGUCAGAGAGGACUUUGCAGGUUGCCGUGGUAAUUUCUUUUGCCGUGGGCUUCUUGACGGGCUGGCAGGCCAACAGAAUGAGGAGGAGGUUCCUGGACUGGAGGAAGAAGCGGCUGCAGGAUAAACUGUCGGAGACGCAGAAAAAGCUGGACUUGGCUUAAAUGGUCGCCUGUGUGCUCUGUGAAGCUGGUUCAUCUCGGUUGUCCUUCAUUUUUGGUCUUUCCACACCCUGCACAACAAGUUUGAUCAUGCUACCUGCCAAGCUCUCUUGAAGACUUCUAUCAAAAGAAACAUAUCAUGUGGACAUGUAAUAUAUAGAAGUUUGUCAUUUGUCUUUAUAGCAGAGAGACUUUUUCAUAUAAUGCAAAUAAAUUAUUAUAUUUUUCUUUGA